AGCGCGCUGACCAAAUGGAUCACUCUAGAUUCAGUGGGGGCUGAUUGGACUAUCGUUCUUCUUCAAUAUAUUUUCCUGUUUGUUUUCUAUUAACGUCGUGUCUUAGUGUAUUUACAGUUCUAUAUUAGGGCUUAGGAAGGUGGUUGUGUUGGAAAGCAGUCACCAAUCUGGCAGCUACGUAAUCUAACACUGGAGGACAGCAGCAAUACGGAAAGCCCAGAGAAGUCCCAAGAUACCAGCCAUGCCUGUUGCAUCAUCCAGCUCUGACUCAGCGAUGCACAGUGUCCUCGACACGCUGAGCGACAGCACCGGCUCCACCGCGGCCAACGAUCUGGACCUCAUCUUCCUGAAGGGCAUAAUGGAGAGUCCUGUAGCCCAUGAGCAGUUUGAGGAGCCAAAGCUGGAGGCAGUGAGGGAGAACAAUGUGGAACUGGUGCAGGACAUCCUGAAAGAACUCACACCACUGACUGAACAAAGCCAGGCGGCACAUGAACUUGCCCGCAUACUCAGUGAGCCACACUUUCAGUCCCUCCUGGAAACACAUGACUCUGUAGCCUCCAAAAGCUAUGAGACUCCACCACCCAGCCCCUGUGUCUUCAUGGACCCUGCCUUCAACAACCAACCCGUACCUCCCGAUGCCGUCAGGAUGGUCGGCAUACGCAAAGUCUCCGGAGAACAUCUGGGUGUGACGUUUCGUGUGGAAGGUGGAGAGCUGGUGAUUGCACGUAUCCUGCACGGCGGUAUGAUCGAUCAGCAGGGCCUCCUGCAUGUCGGUGAUGUCAUCAAAGAGGUCAAUGGGAAGGAGGUGGGUAGUGACCCCAAAGUGCUCCAGGACAUGCUAAAGGAGGCCAGCGGCAGUGUUGUGCUUAAGAUUCUGCCUAGCUACCAGGAGCCACACACACCCCGCCAGGCAUUCGUGAAAUGCCACUUCGAUUACGACCCCGUUCAUGAUAAUCUGAUCCCCUGCAAGGAGGCUGGCCUUCGUUUCCACAGCGGAGAAAUCCUGCAGAUCUUCAACCAGGAUGACCCCAACUGGUGGCAGGCAUGUCACCUGGAGGGUGGUAGCGCAGGUCUGAUCCCCAGCCAGCUUCUGGAGGAGAAGAGAAAAGCGUUUGUGAAGAGAGACCUGGAGCUAAGCACAGCAGGACCUCUGUGUGCAGGCAUGGGGGGGAAGAAGAAGAAGAGAAUGAUGUACCUGACCACCAAGAAUGCAGAGUUUGACAGACAUGAGCUGCUGAUCUAUGAGGAGGUGGCGAAGGUGCCGCCGUUCCGAAGAAAGACCCUGGUGCUGAUCGGUGCACAGGGAGUCGGGCGCCGCAACCUGAAAAACAAGCUGCUGAUGUCACAACCUCAUCGUUACGGCACCACGACACCCUACACGUCCCGUAAGCCAAAAGUGGAUGAGAAGGAGGGACAGAUGUACCUGUUUAUGUCACGCAGCGAGAUGGAGGCGGACAUUAAGAGCGGCCGCUUUCUGGAGCAUGGCGAGUAUGAUGGUAACCUAUACGGCACCAAGAUCAACUCCAUCCAUGAGGUGAUCGAGUCCAGCAAGGUCUGCAUCCUGGAUGUCAACCCGCAGGCUCUCAAAGUGUUGCGGACAGCCGAGUUCCUGCCCUACGUCGUGUUUAUCGAAGCCCCUGACUUUGAAGUGCUGAAGGAAAUGAACAGAUCUGCCAUCGAGGCUAGAGUCGUCACCAAACAGCUCACUGACUGCGAGCUGAAGAGGACAGUGGAGGAGAGUGAGAGGAUCCAGAGAGCUUAUGGUCACUACUUUGACCUCACCAUCGUCAACGACAACCUGGACGGCGCAUAUCGCAGCCUGAAGGUGGCGCUAGAGAGACUGACCACUGAGCACCAGUGGGUUCCUGUCAGCUGGGUUUUCUGAGCCGUGCUAAGGCACGGCACAUUAUAUAUAUAAGAAGGUGAAAUGGUCAAACCUAGAAACAGCCAUGUUUAAAUUCUACCAAAAACACAGAUUAUUUUCAUGCUAGAUAUAAGACUCAAAAUCCACUUUUUUUCUGACAUUAAGGUGUAAGAUGUUGUGAGUUUGUGAACUAUGCGCAAUCUGUGUGUUAAAAUUAACACACACACCAGUUCACCCAGAAUUUAAAGAUGGCUGCUCAGGUAUGCUAGGCUUGAUUGAGAAUGAUUUACUCUUUCACUGCUAAUAUGGUGCAGGUUUGCCAUUUAACUCUUCUAGGCAGGCAUGAGAUUUUGCAUUUACUGUUUAUAAGACCUCUUUACAAACUGACUGGCUGUUACAUGAAAGGAAAAAAGUCACACUCAAAUUAACAUCUCAAUGCAAAUGAAGUGACCAAUAUCAGAGAAGUCGUCACUAAAGAGAGUAACACUACAAAUCUUAAGAACAACCUAAAAAUCCACCAGAUUUCUGAGUUAUCGGAGUUACUGCUGCCAACAAGCAGUUCCUGACCUGUUCUCCAUUCACAGCACUCAACAUGCUGAGCCUCAAGGUCAGUAACCACAAAGGAAAGCCAGAAACAGCUGGAGGUAGUUUGAUUGCACAGAGCCAGCAAUGACUGAAUUAAAAAAAAUAAGAAAGAGGAAAAGGUUGAUUGGUUGCUGUGGAGAAACAUGCUGCAGUGGUGAGUAACUUCCACGUAAACCUUAGCAUGUAAACCUCCACGUAAACCUCACACUCAGCAGCACCAAACCACUGCUUUAGGAUCCAUAAAUCAAGAUUUUAUUUUAAUGGAAAUUGACGAGAGGUUGAAAUCAGCAUUUCACAAAACUAGCGCAUGCUUUCAUAUCACAGGAAAUUAAAGAGUUACAGAUACAUUGUGUACAUGUUUUUGUUUGUAAGGUUUGAUCAUUGUUUUUAUACCACUUUUUUAAAAUAUUAUUGAUGGAGUAAUGCUACCAUGUGCCACCAAAAUGCUACGUGUUCUAGACUGUGGGUUAUAUUAGCAUUUAGUUUCAUUUAGUUAAGUCAUGAAAACUCCAACAAGAUGAAGCGCACUUCAAGAACCCAAAUUUAUUCAUCACUUUUAUUCAACCCAAAAUAAGAAUGUUGGACACUUCAUGCACUCAACACUUGCAGCUUUGCUUAUAUAGCGGAAAUGUUGCGGGACUAGAAGAAAAUGACCAGAGUGAGAAAAUUAGCUCAUGCUGUGUAAACUUUAAACGUUUACUGCAUUCUGCUAAAGGUAUGUUACGUGUGUUUGAUGCCAUUCGAUUUUGAUUUGGGCUUCUACUUCCAGAUUAUACAAUGCUUCUUACAUUCACAUACUCUAGAUACACACUCAAGCUAACUAGCUACAUGCUCAACCAUGCUCAAUCUACACGAUUAAGCUAACUCUAGAUAUAUACUAAAGUUAGCUAGCUACAUGCUCAAGCUAAGUCUAGCUACAUACUAAAGCAAGCUAGUUACAUGCUCAAGCUAACUCCAACUGCAUGCUAUGUGCUUGAGCUAAAUCUAGCUACACACUAAAGCUAAGCUUAAUACUAAAGUUAUCUAAUUACAUUCAUUCAUUCAUUCAUCUUCUACCGCUUAUCCGAACUACCUCGGGUCACGGGGAGCCUGUGCCUAUCUCAGGCGUCAUCGGGCAUCAAGGCAGGAUACACCCUGGACGGAGUGCCAACCCAUCGCAGGGCAUAUCUAAUUACAUGCUCAAGCUAAUUAAUACUAAAUCUAACUAGCUACACCCUCAAGCUAACUGUAACUACCUACUAAAGCUAAUUAGCUACAUUUCUAGCUCCGUGCACUUAUCAGACUGGAAGUCAGUUGAGACAAUCAAAUUUGAUGCUCCCACUUGCUGUAGUUCAUUUAUAUAAACAAACAAAACAAAACAAAAAAACAUACACACUCCAGUUUUACUUUGCUGUAGAUUAGUUUGCUCCAUGUCCCACUCCACACUCAUGUAGCAAACAUAGCAAGCGUUGUUUGGCGAAUAUGGAGAGUAAGGUGUCAAAAAAAAAAGUAAAUUUGAUUCAGUUGAUUCCAUCUGCACAAAAACUUGAGCCCAGAGAAACAAGAACCCUGACAGGAGCCAGUGAGGUUCUCUAUUUUACAGUUAACAACAAUCACUCCUAUUAAAUGUGUGAAGAAGCGAUGGAGCCGAGAUAUAGUGUGUGUGUGUGUACCUGUGAGUCGUAUAUUAAUGCUGUAUAUUUGUACAGACGCCGUGUGAAGUGUAGCUGUUUGUUUCUAUCCUCCUGAAUGAGAGAUGAUGAGAAAAAUGUUGUGCUUAAAUAACCUUGAGCUCAUACUAGAACACAGUGUCCUGUAAAUUAAAGCAGCAAUAAGUGUCCUGUCAUUUAGAGACAUCCCUGAAGAACUGGAUUGAUGUUUGGUUCUGAAUUUGGCUGUAAACAGGAGACUAAUAAAGUAUGAAUCUAAUAAAGUAUGUAUCUAAUAAACCAGAUCAAACCCC